CCGAUUCUGCUCUUCUUCUUCCCGCUGCAACCACCCGAAGAAAAAAAAAGGGGAACCCAGCCAUGCUUGAGAAACUAGUGAGAAAGCUUGGUUUUCUCCUUCCUUUCUUGCUCUAGAACACACCUAGAACCCAGAAAUCUUUCCCCCCUGCUGGAAAAGCCGGAUCUGCCCUGCUCUGCUUUGUCCUUCCGCCGGCUGCUCUUGAUUGUGGGCGAUUUCUGGGCAUUUUUUUCGCCCGUGAGUUUUUCCCUGCACUUGCCGCCGGCUUCUCUCCCAAACUGCAGCUCCGGUUUUGCUUGCUGGAUUUAUGGUUCUCGAUCAUUCUGUCAGUUUAGUACGUGAAUUGAGUGCUCGGUUUUGCGAGUGAGGUAAGUAAAAUUAUGGUAACGCUCUUUGACUUUUCAAGCAUGUUUUGAUUUGUUUUUGAAGUGGUGGCAGUACUAAACCCGUUUUACACAAGUAUGACUGAUUUGAAGUGAAAUGUUUUGUGCUUUUCAUGAAAUUGAGCAUGCCUACUUGAAAUUUAAGUGCCUGUCCUGAUGAUCUGAAAGUGAUUGUGAAUUGUGAUUUUCCUGUUAACUUCUGCCUGUUUUGUCUCCGAUGUGGUCAUGUUAUUUGUGACCAUGCUAGUGGGGGAGGUUAUAAACGCUAGCACAUGUCGACAUGUAGCGAUAGAGCCGGUUCGUUCAACCCAGCUAGUGGGGGUUAUACACCAGCAAAUCGUGGCCCUGCUAGUGGGGAUUAUACACUGGCCGUGACCUAUAAAGGAGACGUCUAUUUCGUUCUCGUACUGUAUCUGUUUUCGUGAUUGUACUUGUUAGCAUGCUUUAAGUUUGAUAAGGGGCACUCCAUAUUUACUUACUGAGUUUAUCUCAUAGUUUUUCCUUGUCCACCAUUUCAGGAAGUGAAUCCGAGGACGGAGAAACCACGGGAAGUGACGAGUUAGAAAGCUAGCCAUUUCGGGAUUGAUAUAGAUUUUAGAAGUAAAUCAUGAUCUUGUAAACCAGAGUGUAUUUGGAGAUUUAUGUUAUCGGAGUAAAUUUUAAAGAUUUGAUCUUCAGAUUUUGAUGGUAUCAGAGUGUGAAUUUGAUAAGUUCCGAGCCUUGUGCAUUUGUGGGACCCUCUCAUGAGUGCACGGCGUCUGCCACGUCCUCGGAUUUGGGUUCUGGGGCGUGACAUAAAUCAUGUAAUGAUCA